CCACCUCCACUACCUCCACUACCUCCACUACCUCCACUACCUCCACUACCACUUCCACUACCUCCACUACCUCCACUACCUCCACUACCACCUCCACUACCUCCACCACCUCCACUACCUCCACUACCUCCACCACCUCCACUACCUCCACUACCUCCACUACCUCCACUACCUCCACUACCUCCACUACCUCCACUACCACCUCCACUACCUCCACUACCUCCACUACCUCCACUACCUACACUACCUCCACUACCUCCACUACCUCCACUACCACCUCCACUACCUCCACUACCUCCACUACCUCCACUACUACCUCCACUACCUCCACUACCUCCACUACCACAUCCACUACCUCCACUACCUCCACUACCACCUCCACUACCUCCACUACCUCCACUACCACCUCCACUACCUCCACUACCUCCACUACCACCUCCACUACCUCCACUACCUCCACUACCUCCACUACCUCCACCACCUCCACUACCUCCACUACCUCCACUACCUCCACUACCUCCACUACCACUUCCACUACCUCCACUACCUCCACUACCUCCACUACCACCUCCACUACCUCCACCACCUCCACUACCUCCACUACCUCCACCACCUCCACUACCUCCACUACCUCCACUACCUCCACUACCUCCACUACCUCCACUACCUCCACUACCACCUCCACUACCUCCACUACCUCCACUACCUCCACUACCUACACUACCUCCACUACCUCCACUACCUCCACUACCACCUCCACUACCUCCACUACCUCCACUACCUCCACUACCACCUCCACUACCUCCACUACCUCCACUACCACCUCCACUACCUCCACUACCUCCACUACCACCUCCACUACCUCCACUACCUCCACUACCUCCACUACCUCCACUACCUCCACUACCUCCACUACCUCCACCACCUCCACUACCUCCACUACCUCCACUACCUCCACUACCUCCACUACCUCCACCACCUCCACUACCUCUACUACCACCUCCACUACCUCCACUACCACCUCCACCACCUCCACUACCUCCACCACCUCCACUACCUCCACUACCUCCACCACCUCCACUACCUCCACUACCUCCACUACCUCCACUACCUCCACUACCUCCACUACCUCCACUACCUCCACCACCUCCACUACCUACACUACCUCCACUACCUCCACUACCUCCACUACCACCUCCACUACCUCCACUACCUCCACUACCUCCACUACCACCUCCACUACCUCCACUACCUCCACUACCACCUCCACUACCUCCACUACCUCCACUACCACCUCCACUACCUCCACUACCUCCACUACCUCCACUACCUCCACUACCUCCACUACCUCCACCACCUCCACUACCUCCACUACCUCCACUAGUUCCACUACCUCCACUACCUCCACUACCUCCACCACCUCCACUACCACCACUACCACCUCCACUACCUCCACUACCACCUCCACUACCUCCACUACCUCCACUACUACCUCCACUACCUCCACUACCUCCACUACCACCUCCACUACCUCCACUACCACCUCCACUACCUCCACUA